AUGAGCUGGCAGGAUUCCAAAGCUAACUGUUUAGGUUAUGGAGCUGACCUAGUUUCUAUUCAUGAUUCAUCGGAAGUUAAUUUUAUUAAUCAAGAAACAAGUAAACUAAGCACCUUCUGGUUCUGGAUUGGGUUAUAUCGUAACAAAACGACGAAUGAUGCAAAGGUUGGCUGGAUCUGGAGUGAUGGAAGUAAUUUAACAAAUCCUCAGUGGGCGCGUGGCGAACCGAAUAAUUAUCGGGGUAAUGAAAAGUGUGGAGAAAUUCAUACAAAAAGGAAGCUUUGGAAUGACAAUGAUUGUUCUAAACAGUUCGCGUCAAUAUGCAAAAGAAAAAAAGGUCUUCCUGAUCUAACCACCCCUACUGCUGGAACUCUUCCUCCCACAAAAUUGAUCACGAGUAAGGGGUGCCCUAAAAAUUGGAAGGAACAUGGCAAUUCAUGCUAUCUUUUUGUAAAUCCUACUUUAAGAAAUCGGUUGAACUGGGAGGAUUCCAAAGCUAACUGUUUAGGUUAUGGAGCUGACCUAGUUUCUAUUCAUGAUUCAUCGGAAGUUAAUUUUAUUAAUCAAGAAACAAGUAAACUAAGCACCUUCUGGUUCUGGAUUGGGUUAUAUCGUAACAAAACGACGAAUGAUGCAAAGGUUGGCUGGAUCUGGAGUGAUGGAAGUAAUUUAACAAAUCCUCAGUGGGCGCGUGGCGAACCGAAUAAUUAUCGGGGUAAUGAAAAGUGUGGAGAAAUUCAUACAAAAAGGAAGCUUUGGAAUGACAAUGAUUGUUCUAAACAGUUCGCGUCAAUAUGCAAAAGAAAAAAAGGUCUUCCUGAUCUAACCACCCCUACUGCUGGAACUCUUCCUCCCACAAAAUUGAUCACGAGUAAGGGGUGCCCUAAAAAUUGGAAGGAACAUGGCAAUUCAUGCUAUCUUUUUGUAAAUCCUACUUUAAAAUUCGAAACAAGUAAACUAAGCACCUUCUGGUUCUGGAUUGGGUUAUAUCGUAAGAAAACGACGAAUGAUGCAAAGGUUGGCUGGAUCUGGAGUGAUGGAAGUAAUUUAACAAAUCCUCAGUGGGCGCGUGGCGAACCGAAUAAUUAUCGGGGUAAUGAAAAGUGUGGAGAAAUUCAUACAAAAAGGAAGCUUUGGAAUGACAAUGAUUGUUCUAAACAGUUCGCGUCAAUAUGCAAAAGAAAAAAAGGUCUUCCUGAUCUAACCACCCCUACUGCUGGAACUCUUCCUCCCACAAAAUCACCUUCUGGUUCUGGAUUGGGUUAUAUCGUAAAAACGACGAAUGAUGCAAAGGUUGGCUGGAUCUGGAGUGAUGGAAGUAAUUUAACAAAUCCUCAGUGGGCGCGUGGCGAACCGAAUAAUUAUCGGGGUAAUGAAAAGUGUGGAGAAAUUCAUACAAAAAGGAAGCUUUGGAAUGACAAUGAUUGUUCUAAACAGUUCGCGUCAAUAUGCAAAAGAAAAAAAGGUCUUCCUGAUCUAACCACCCCUACUGCUGGAACUCUUCCUCCCACAAAAUUGAUCACGAGUAAGGGGUGCCCUAAAAAUUGGAAGGAACAUGGCAAUUCAUGCUAUCUUUUUGUAAAUCCUACUUUAAAAAUUCGGUUAAUGAGCUGGCAGGAUUCCAAAGCUAACUGUUUAGGUUAUGGAGCUGACCUAGUUUCUAUUCAUGAUUCAUCGGAAGUUAAUUUUAUUAAUCAAGAAACAAGUAAACUAAGCACCUUCUGGUUCUGGAUUGGGUUAUAUCGUAAGAAAACGACGAAUGAUGCAAAGGUUGGCUGGAUCUGGAGUGAUGGAAGUAAUUUAACAAAUCCUCAGUGGGCGCGUGGCGAACCGAAUAAUUAUCGGGGUAAUGAAAAGUGUGGAGAAAUUCAUACAAAAAGGAAGCUUUGGAAUGACAAUGAUUGUUCUAAACAGUUCGCGUCAAUAUGCAAAAAAAAAAAAGGUCUUCCUGAUCUAACCACCCCUACUGCUGGAACUCUUCCUCCCACAAAAUGUCUUCCUGAUCUAACCACCCCUACUGCUGGAAGUCUUCCUCCCACAAAAUAUUCGCCGCCAAAAUGCGAUCAUGGAUGGAUUUCAUAUAACAGAUCUUGCUAUCGAAUUUUUUCCAAUCCAAGAAAUUGGUUCGGAGCAAAAAGCGCUUGUCGAGAUACAGGAGGGCACUUGGUUAGAAUUGAUGAUGAUAAUGAGCAGAAAUUUCUAGCUUAUGAAGUUUUUCCGAGACGUGAUACCGCGUUUUGGCUUGGCUUGAACGAUCUCGCCACUGCUGGACAAUGGGUUUGGGAGUUUCGUUCUGGCGAUUCUUUGGUUUUCAAAAAUUGGCAGACGGGUGAACCAAAUGGUUUAGGGAGGGAACGAUGUGUGGAAAUGUAUGGAUUUGCUCCAGUAGCUGGUCGUUGGAAUGAUGCUUACUGCAAUGGACCCAAAUCUUACAUUUGUGAGAAGGAGGAAGGGCAAAAUAUAUGUCCUGAAGGAUGGAUCCCGUACAAUGAUACAUGUUACCAAUUUAACAUGCGACCCUCGCAAAAGAUGACUUGGACAGAAGCUGAAGCAGCUUGUAAUGCAAUUGGAAAUUUUGCAUCGCUUGUUCAAAUAAACAGUCAAAAUGAACAAGAUUUUGUUUCGAAACGAAUUAAAUCAAUCUCUAACGAAGACGCCUGGAUAGGUCUUAGUGAUCUUGGCCAUGAAAAUGUGUUUCUUUGGACGGCCACAAACUCAGAAUUGGAGAGCACAGGAUAUAAAAUUUGGGCAAAUGGCAAUCCGACUGAAAAUGCGGAGAAUCGCGACUGCGUUAUGAUAUUAGGUGCAAGAAAUGACGGCGCAUGGGCGGUUAAAAAUUGUACGUUAAAAAGAAACUUUGUCUGUAUGAGAAAUAGAGAUUUGACGUAUUGUAAUGGGCCACUUGGAAUGGAAAAUGGAAAGAUAUCCGAUUCUCAAAUUAUAGCCAGCAGUUACUCUCCUGGAAAUGAACCGGCCCGUGCUCGAUUACGUCACAGUGGGGCGUGGUGUCCCGUGAAAGCAAGUCAAAACGAAUAUCUUCAAGUUGAGUUUCCUUUCUUGGCUGACAUCAGGAUGAUUGUCACCGAAGGAAACCUGUCAACUUACAAAUUGAAAAUUGGCAAAGAUGGAAAAACAUUCAAAGAUUACAAUGCAGCAAAACUGACUCUAAUGCAAGACGAGACUUACAACUACACAAAAUUUAAUUCGUCGUUAAUUGCUAAAGCUGUUCGAAUUUUUCCAUUGUCAUGGAAGAAUAAUCCAUGUUUCAGGGUGGAGUUUGUUGGUUGUCGAGCACCAGGAGCUGAAAUUAUUCCAACGACUCAACAAACUGCGCAAAAAGUCUCUUUUCGCAUCACGAGCAUUGAUUGGAAUGACAGAAUGAGUGAUUCAAAAUCUAAGGAAUUUGCUGAAACAAGUAAAAUGAUUAUAAAAGAGGUGGAAACUGUAUACAGCAAAAGCGAAUCAUUUCGAAGUGCCAAAGUCCUUAAGUUGACCAAAGGAAGCGUUGUUACCGUCAUUGAAUUGACAUUUAAUCCAGAAUUUGACGAUGAUGACAACGGCACGUUAAACCUGAAAGCUGCUGUGGAAAGUGGUGAAGUUGGGUCACUUAAAGUGGAUAAAGGAUCGUAUAAAAAGCUAGGAGAAGAAAAUAUACAAGAUAGCACAGGAGACGACUCUGGCAGUCUUUCUCGUGGAGCAGUUGCUGGUAUCGUUAUUACUGUCCUAGUUUUGUUGGCACUUGCUGCUGGUGGUGCGUUCUUAUUUUAUCGUCGCCGACAUCCGAUUGAUCCGGAGAAUUAACAUAAAUUAAUAAAAAUAGCCGCGACAACGCGGAUAGCUUGAUUUAGCACAAUUAUAAAUGAUAAAACGAUGUAGAGAUAUUUUCCCAUGCACAAUCAAUGUGCACAUGCAAUUCGUCUGCGGUGACACUGAACAGCUUAAAGAAGGACUGGAAGUUUAUGCUGCAUGUUAUUACUUCAUCGAAUAGAGUGUAAGAAAUCGGCUCUUAGACAUUUUCCGAAGUAUUGAAUAGCGGAUUGAGGGAAAAAACAAAUAGAAGAGUGAUGUUAUUAACCUAAUAUUAUUUAAUAGAAUAAAAUUUUUCGCUGUGUUCACAUGCUUGCCGAUGGGCUAAAAAUAAAAUAAAAACGUGUUUCGAGUGUGCACCACAUGAAAUAAUAUCAGAACCAACUAUUUGUGGAUUAUAGCCCUUUAUAGUUUAUCGAGACUGGUACAAGAACCUGGGCAAAACUCUCAAUUUAUAGACUGCAAAAGUGAGUGACUGCAUGGAAUGACAUUUAUGAAAAGGUAUGUCGUUUGCGAAACUGGCCGUUUUAUUUCGUUUUGCAUGUAAGUAUUCCGAAUACAUGCAUGGUUGUUUUUGUUUAAUGUAUUCCAUUUCUCUAAAUGCAUCUAGUCUCUGAAGUGUGUGCUUUGGACAGGGAAAUUGAAAGAGAAAGAAAAAGUUUCUGCAAGGUGCAAAAUUGACGUCAUCAACUCGUGUGGAUGUAUACCAGGCAAGAAAUGCCAAGUAUUUUAUCCAUGUGUUUGGCGGAUACUGUGAGUUUCGUUUGAAUAUUUUGAUUAUCGAUAUACUUAUUUUUUUAGGGGAUGCAACAUUACUUUACUAUAUAUCAGGCAAGGAGAAGUAAGCAUGCCCCUUUCAAUCUUGUAAUUUAUUAGCGCACAAUAUUGACGGAGUUGUAUCACUUGCAUGCUCUCACCGGAAUAUAUCUGACCUGGCGGCUGACUGGACCGGUUAGUAUAUAUAACUGUGGCAUAACAAUAGCAAUAAUAGAGCUUUAGGAAUUUGACGUGCCUUGGCCUGACUUCAACGUAAUUUUU